AUGGAUUUUAGAGAUAAAAGAUGCAAAGUGCAUCAUAAAACAUAUAAAUUCAUAUGUAGUGUGUGUAUGAAAAUGUUGUGUCCUCAAUGUAUUUUCAUACAUGUCAGAGAGGAACCGACUCAUGCCAAACAAUGUCAGCACAUCGAUACAGUAGAGGAUAAUAUCAUGCAGAGUAUCUAUGAUAAUGAUAACCAACCAUCCGCCAAGGUCGAAAAUGAUUAUUAUAGUUAUUCAACUUUCAUAUAUUCAAAGAGAGAUUCUGUAUGGCAAUCGAUUAAAUCGGCAACAACCAAAUACCAAGAGCUGUCGGAUCGCGAGAAUAGUACAUUACAACAUUUCAAAGAGUUACAAGAGUACUUAAUAGCAGAGAAAAACAAAUUCAAGCUAUCGAUCGAUAAAGAUAGAAAUACUCUGGAGAAGCUAAUCAAUGAUCAUUUAUGCGAGCUCAAAGAAUUAAAUAUUACAAUCAAUAUGAUGGGAAGCAUAAAAAGUCAGAUGAUAGGCAAUGCAAUUGGAAGUGGAGAUUUAUCAUCUGAUACAGCUUCACAGUUUUCAACAGCAUCUUUAUUAAAACAAAUCGCAAAUUCUUCAUCAUUGCAAUCAUUUAUCGAUGAGAAUAUGGUCAAUAGUGAUGGUAAAGAUAAUACGGAAUUAUUGCAAAACUACAAUUCACAACCUACAUCAUUAGUAGAGAUCGUACAUAAAUACAAUAAUCAAUUCCAAUUGCAUACUAGCAAAAACAACAACAACAACGACAAUGAUCAAUUUCAAUCACACAUUAGUAACAAUAAUAACAAUAACAACAAUAUCAACUCCUUAUCACCAACACAAUCUGAUAAAUUCACAAUCAAAAUACCCAAUAUCAAUCAAAUCGAACCACCAAUCUCAAAAAUAAAAUCAUCGCAAUCCAUAAUAGAGUCAAAUUCUAUACCUAUAUCUAACGCAGAGUUGGUAAACAAAUCACAAUCUCACACAAUCAAUAUUGAAAAAGCUCUAACCAAUCUUGACUAUCUCAAACAAUCUCAUGUCAUUUAUAAUUCUCAUAGAGAAUCAUUGAAUCAAUUAUUAAACCAAUAUAUUGAAACUAUCAUUGAUCAACAUUCAAUUACAUUUAAUUUAAAUACUACAUUCAAAAACAGCUCAGUCAAUAUCACUUUUGGAUAUAGAUUCAAUCAAAUAUUAUCAGUCGGUGUGUUACCUGAAUCACUUGAAUUAUUGGAGUUUGGAGAUGGAUUCAAACAAAUAUUAUCAGUUGGUGUGUUACCUGAAUCACUGAAAUCAUUGAAAUUUGGAAUUUACUUCGAUCAAAUAUUAUCAUUCGGUGUGUUACCUAAAUCACUUGAAUCAUUGGAGUUUGGAGAUAUAUUCAAUCAAAUAUUAUCAGUCGGUGUGUUACCUGAAUCACUUGAAUCAUUGAAGUUUGGAUAUAGAUUCAAUCAAAUAUUAUCAGUCGGUGUGUUACCUGAAUCACUUGAAUCAUUGGAGUUUGGAGAUGGAUUCAAACAAAUAUUAUCAGUUGGUGUGUUACCUGAAUCACUGAAAUCAUUGAAAUUUGGAAUUUACUUCGAUCAAAUAUUAUCAGUCGGUGUGUUACCUAAAUCACUUGAAUCAUUGGUGUUUGGAGAUAUAUUCAAUCAAAUAUUAUCAGUUGGUGUGUUACCUAAAUCACUUGAAUCAUUGGUGUUUGGCUGUGAAUUCAAUCAAAUAUUAUCAGUCGGUGUACUUCCAUCAUCACUUCGGAGAUUAUCGCUUUCUAGUAAAUAUAUAACGAGUAGCUAUUUUGGAAUGACUUUACCACAAUCAAUGAUAACAUUCAUUAUUGGUAUAGAUCACAAAGACUCAAAGAAUGAAAACAAAUUACUUUCAAAUCUAAAAACACUUGAAAUUUAUCUUGGUGUCGACAACCAAAAAAUACAAGCAUUGGUGUUAACCAAUUCAAAUGAUUCACUUGAAUUUAUCAAAGAAUUCUAUCCUGAUUAUUAUUCAAAACGCAAUUUAUCAAAGAUAGACUUUGUGGACUCUCAUAACAAUCAAAUUUCAGGAGAAUUCAUCACUGCUCUACUUUUAACAAAACAGAAAUAA